ACAUUUGAUGGGAUGGUAGCCCACGCUUGCAUACGCCCACUUGGACGGCCAGCAACUAAAAAUAAACCUUGGAACACUGAAUUUAUUAAACCAGUUGAUGAAAUGGUUCAAUACUUGGACAGCGAUGAACAAGUAAAGCAGGGAUACCAUGUGGCUGAUGUUUUAUCCAAGGCUUGCUUUGUAGCUGGUGAUGAAGCAAUUUGUAAUAAAUAUCAAGAAAAUGCUCAUCGACGGAUUAAAAAAAAUGAUGAAAACAAUAAGUUCAUGACUGUGUCCAAACAAAUAGAAGACAGAUUUAGAAAAGUUUAACAUAAUAAAUCAACAAAAGCAAUGUUAUCUCGGGUUUGCAAAUUUACAACAUGAAGAGAGCAAUCUACAGAGGUGCAACCAUCUUUAUUUCAGCCAUCGGUCGAUUACAUUCACUACAAGCAUCAUCCUGCUUUGAUAUCAUUGAUGGAUUGGAAGAAAAAGGCAAAUGCAGUGAAAAAGUGGCAGACCAACUCCGGUUCAUGGUGGCAGUGGCUUGUGAGUUUCGCGCAAAAGUUUAUCAUUCGAAGGGACAGCAAGAUGAUGAUUUUAUGGAAGGUUUUUUUGGUGAAGAACUUAUAUCUGGUUUAAUUAAAAUUGUUGGAAAACAAAGUCUUGUAUCUUUCACCAUGAGUGUAAUGUUCAUGCAACAAUCACUAAAAGAAUGUACAGCAGAUUACAGUACAUGGUCAUUAGAAUGGCUUGUUAUGCCGGAUCCUGUUGAUCUUAAAAUACCUACUUUAACUAUUCUCGGGUUAUAUAAAGAUGUGUUAGAAUUUAUCAAACAAACAAUUUCCUCAUCACAACUCGGUGAAGUGCCGUUUGAUAAUAAUGCUGUUAGAAUUGCAUUUAUACGCAAGGAAUACGAUCUGGUUAUUGAUAUUUGUUCAAAAGUUAACCAAUCGAAGCUUACAGACGAUCAGAAAUUUGAAUACAAAGUGUGUGAGUUGGCCAGCAUUGUAAAACGAUCAUACAACGAGGAGACAAAAUCUUUUGAAGGUUCAAGACCAGAAGUUGAAGCCAAGGUCCAGGAAUUGGAAGAAAUGUCAAAAAUCAUUGAACCAAGCAAAGAUAUGCUGCUUUAUAGCCUUUUAACAUACUCGGAAACAUUGUUGUUGCUCAACGAUGGUAGAUUUUCCAACAUUCACACACUUUGGAAAAAGCUCUUAAAAUUAAAGAACCUUCCCUAUGAUAAGGAAACCCUGGAGUUGUGUAAUUAUGCCCGAAUUCUGAUAAACAAUAGAAAGCCCACAGAAGCAUUGAAACUACUGGAUGAAGCCAAACAAAUAAUGGAACCGUACAAGAACACAACAACAUUGGUGCACAUGGCUCUAUAUGGUGCAUAUGCAGGUUGCUACCAUAAUACUGGCAGAUAUUAUGAGGCAUUGAUAUGUUGGUUGGAAUUUGCAAGAAUCUGUAGGAAAUUUAAGCAACCAAUACAUGAUAAGGAUAAACAGGGGGUAAAAAGUAUAUUUGAACAAUUCAUAUUCCAUGGCUCCCUGAACUUGUGUGAAUCUGCUGAAACACCGAUAAAGAAUGGAAAACCCACAGAAGCAUUGAAGUUACUGGAUGAAGCCAAACAGUUAAUGCAACUGUACAAGAAUACAACAACGUUGGCGCACGUGCUCUAUAUGGUGCAUAUGCAGGUUGCUACCAUAAUACUGGCAGAUAUUAUGAGGCAUUGAUAUGUUGGUUGGAAUUUGCAAGAAUCUGUAGGAAAUUUAAGCAACCAAUACAUGAUAAGGAUAAACAGGGGGUAAAAAGUAUAUUUGAACAAUUCAUAUUCCAUGGCUCCCUGAACUUGUGUGAAUCUGCUGAAACACCGAUAAAGAAUGGAAAACCCACAGAAGCAUUGAAGUUACUGGAUGAAGCCAAACAGUUAAUGCAACUGUACAAGAAUACAACAACGUUGGCGCACGCGACUAUAUGGUGCAUAUGCAGUUUGCUACCUUAAUACUGGCAGAUAUA